AGAGAGAGGGGGGGAAGGGAGAGAGAGAGAGAGAGAGAGAGAGAGGGGAGAGAGAGAGAGAGAGAGAGGGGGAAGGAGAGAGAGGGAAGGGAGAGAGAGAGAGAGAGGGGGGGAAGGGAGAGAGAGAGAGAGAGGGAAGGGGAGAGAGAGAGAGAGAGGGAAGGGGAGAGAGAGAGAGAGAGGAAGGGAGAGAGAGAGAGAGAGGGAAGGGAGAGAGAGAGAGAGAGGGAGAGAGAG